GUCACUAACGUGGUUACCAAGUGUGCGAGUGCAGCUCCGCAGAUCGCGUUCCGUGUUGUGUGAGAGUGCAUCCAAGUGCGUUCAGUGCUAACUAAGUGGAUAGGCGGUCCACGCUCUACAAUGUGGCGCUCCCCUUUGCUGGCGGCCUCAUUGCUGCUGCUCGUCGCGGCGCCGACAGCUUUCGGUGCGGACGAUGGCUCAAUGGGCCCCGUUUUCAUGCGCGAACCGCCCAACAGGGUCGACUUUUCUAACACCACCGGCGCCCAGGUCGAGUGCUCAGCUAGAGGAUCACCCGCCCCCGAGAUAAUCUGGGUCCGGGCGGACGGCACAGCCGUUGGAGAUGUUCCUGGAUUGCGACAAGUGAUGCCAAACGGAAAUUUGGUGUUCCCGCCGUUCCGCGCGGAGGACUACCGGCAAGAGGUGCACGCCCAGGUGUACGUGUGUCUGGCGCGCAACUCUGUCGGCUCGAUCCAUUCGCGAGAUGUCCACGUGCGAGCAGUGGUGCAGCAGUUUUACCAAAGCGAGGUGAACAAUGAGUACGUGAUCAGAGGCAACUCUGCGGUGCUCAAGUGCAGCAUUCCCUCGUUCGUGGCCGACUUUGUCAGCGUUGUCUCCUGGCAGGACGACACAGGAAACACUUUCCACGCCUCUGGCGAACAGCACGAUGGCAAAUAUCUAGUCCUGCCUUCGGGCGAAUUGCACAUCAGGGAUGUUGGACCUGAGGACGGAUACAAGUCCUAUCAGUGUCGUACCAAACACAGACUUACAGGUGAAACACGUCUGAGCGCAACCAAGGGACGUCUCGUCAUCACUGAGCCAACCAAUCAAAUACCCCCGCGAUCACAGGGAAAGAAAUAUGAGGGGGGCGAAAUAGUUCUCGUAAACCAGCAUUCAAGCGUUUACCUCACUUGCCAAGUGUCAGGGUUCCCAGUCCCGCGUUACAAAUGGUACAAGUUCGCUGAGGGCACCGCAAAAAAGGUGGCGGUUUCUCUCAAUGACCGGGUCAAGCAAGUCAGCGGCACUCUGAUCAUCAAGGAAGCAAAGGUUGAAGAUUCUGGCAAAUACCUCUGCGUCGUCAACAAUUCUGUUGGUGGAGAGAGCGUCGAGACUGUCCUCACUGUCACUGCCCCUCUGUCCGCGACUGUCGAGCCUGAAACUCAGACUGUAGACUUCGGACGUCCUGCUGUGUUCACAUGCAACUUUGAAGGAAACCCGGUCAAGACCAUCGGCUGGCUGAAAGACGGCAAGAACCUAAACCACGAGGAUGCCACCCUGAGGAUAGAUUCGGUCAAGAAAGAAGACAAGGGCAUGUACCAGUGUUUUGUGCGGAAUGACCAGGAAAGCGCCCAGGCUAGUGCCGAGUUGAAGCUCGGAGGCAGAUUUGAGCCACCACAGUUUAGACACACAUUUGGCGAGGAGACACUUCAGCCUGGACCAUCCGUGUUCCUGAAAUGCGUGGCAUCCGGCAACCCUACCCCCGAAAUAACCUGGGAACUUGACGGCAAGAAGCUGACCAACAACGACAGGCUUCAAGUGGGCCAGUAUGUCACGGUGAACGGUGACGUGGUGUCGCACCUCAACGUUUCCUCCAUCAUCACCAAUGAUGGCGGUCUCUACAAGUGCAUCGCCUCCUCAAAAGUUGGAUUCACGGAACACGCUGCUCGGGUUAAUGUGUACGGCUUGCCGUUCAUCAGGCCAAUGGAGAAGAAAGCUAUUGUUGCUGGAGAAAAUCUGUUUGUCACUUGCCCUGUUGCUGGCUACCCCAUCGAGAACAUUGUUUGGGAGAGAGAUGGUCGAGUUUUACCAAUCAACAGGAAGCAAAAGGUGUUCCCCAACGGCACCCUGAUCAUCGAGAACGUGGAGCGACAGUCUGACCAAGCCACCUACACAUGCGUUGCAAGAAACUCUCAGGGCUACAGCGCAAGAGGAACGCUGGAAGUCCAAGUGAUGGUUUUGCCCCAAAUAGCGCCGUUCACUUUCGGCGACGAGAGUUUGAACGCCGGCGAACUGGUGACUGCAACAUGUUCUAUUACAAAAGGCGACUCGCCGAUCUCGAUUUCUUGGUUUUUCAACAAUUCCGAGAUCGAGAGUGGCGACGGCGAUGUGGUUAUUAGCAAAAUCAGCAAGAAAGUCAGCGCCCUGACGAUCGAAUCGGCUCGAGCCAACCACAUGGGCGAAUACACUUGCGUCGCCAAGAACGCGGCCGGCGCCUCAAACUUUUCCACUUCUCUCCACGUUAACGUGCCUCCAAGGUGGAUUUUGGAGCCCACUGACAAAGCCUUUGCUCAAGCCAGCAAUGCCAAAGUUGAGUGCAAAGCUGAUGGAUUCCCCAAGCCCCAAGUCACUUGGAAGAAGGCUGCUGGGGUAGUUCCUGGAGACUAUAAAGACUUUAAAGCAAAUGAUCCAAAUGUGAAAGUCGAGGAUGGCACAUUGUCCAUUUCUGAUAUCCAGAAAGCAAACGAAGGCUAUUACCUCUGCGAGGCUACUAACGGAAUCGGCUCUGGUCUCUCCGCUGUCAUGCUCAUUAGCGUGCAAGCUCCUCCAAGCUUUGAAGUCAAACUACGUAACCAGACAUCAAGGAGGAGAGAGCCAACCGUUCUGCAGUGCGAGGCUAAAGGGGAAAAGCCUAUUGGAAUUUUGUGGAACAUGAAUAACAAGAGGCUGGACCCUAAGAGUGACAGCAGGUACACAAUCCGCGAGGAGAUUCUGCCCAAUGGCGUCCUCUCCGAUCUGAGCAUCAAGAGAACCGAGCGAUCUGAUUCUGCUCUUUUCACUUGCGUCGCAACAAACGCAUUCGGCAGUGAUGACUCUAGCAUUAAUUUAAUUGUGCAAGAGAUCCCCGAGGCUCCGUAUGACUUGAAGGUGUUGGACAAAUCUGGAAGAUCAGUGCAGCUUUCAUGGGAACCCCCUUACGAUGGAAACUCGCCCAUCAAGAAGUAUAGCUUGGAAUACAAAGUCUCCAAAGGCACUUGGGAGUCUGAUAUUGACCGUGUGAUGGUGCCUGGAGAAUCAACCGUUGCUGGAAUCUUCAACCUGCGUCCUGCCACCACCUACAGCAUCAGGAUUGUAGCUGAAAACGAAAUGGGCUCUUCUGAACCAUCGGACACUGUGACGAUCAUCACUGCCGAGGAGGCUCCCAGCGGUCCUCCAACUGACGUCAAGGUUGAGCCCGUCGACCAGAAGACCCUGAAAAUCAGCUGGAAGCCCCCUGAGAGGGACGAGUGGAACGGAGAUAUCCUUGGCUACUAUGUCGGCUACAAACUCUCUUCUUCUGACAAACCUUACCUGUUUGAAACCGUUGAAUUCAGCAAGGAGGAAGGAAAGGAGCACCACUUGCAGAUUGCUGAACUCAAAACCUACACCCAGUACUCAGUGAUUGUGCAAGCUUUCAACAAGGUUGGCGCUGGACCCAUGAGCGAAGAGACCCGUCAGUACACUGCUGAAGGCGUUCCGGAACAGUCACCUCAGGACACUGCUUGCACCACCCUUACGUCUCAAACAAUCAGGGUAUCGUGGGUUUCUCCCUCUCUCACUUCUGCCAAUGGCAUCCUGAAGGGAUACAAAGUCAUUUAUGGACCGAGCGACACCUGGUAUGAUGAGAACACAAAAGACACGAAAAUCACAUCCUCCAGCGAAACAAUUCUGCAUGGCCUCCAUAAAUACACAAACUACAGCAUGAUGGUCCUGGCUUUCACCUCCGGCGGUGACGGAGUCAAGAGCAUUCCGAUCCACUGCCAAACCGAACAGGACGCGCCUGAACCACCAUCCGCCCUGAAGGCCCUUGUCAUGUCUGAGAGCUCAAUUCUCGUAAGCUGGAAGCCUCCCGAGCAACCUAAUGGAAUUGUCACUCAAUACACUGUCUACUUCAGAGAAGAAACGCCAGUUGAGGGAGAGGCUAGAGAGAAUGCACCUAAAAGCGAAAAGGUCCCACCAUUCCAAAUGAGCUAUGAAGCAUCUGGCCUGAAAAAGAAGACAAAUUAUGAAUUCUGGGUCACUGCCUCCACCAACAUUGGAGAAGGCCAGCAGUCAAAGUCUGUCAUUCUUGCGCCAAGCACUAGAGUUCCUGCAAAAAUCGCCUCUUUUGACGACACAUUCACUGCGACAUACAAGGAAGACGUGAAACUGCCCUGCUUGGCUGUGGGAAUGCCGGCUCCUGAUAUGCAGUGGAAGGUCAAAGGCACCCUUUUCCAGCAAAACGACAGGAUGAGGCAGCUUCCUGAGGGCUCCCUGCAGAUCAAGGGUGUGACCAGAGGAGAUGCUGGAGAGUACUCUUGCUACGUGGAGAACUCCUUCGGACACGACACUGUCACCCACCAACUUGUUGUUCAUGCUCCACCUCAUUCGCCCCAAGUUACUCUGACCUCGACCACCACCAGCUCCAUCACAAUGAAGCUCAAGCCUCACGCCACUGACACUGCUCCUCUCCACGGAUACACGAUUCACUACAAACCUGAAUUUGGAGAGUGGGAAACUGUUCAGGUCGGCAGCCAGACAACCAAGUACACGUUGGAGAACCUCUGGUGCGGAACCAGAUACCAGAUUUAUGUCACCGCAUACAAUGGCAUCGGAACUGGUGAACGCUCUGAUUACCUGAACACGCGCACCAAGGGCUCGAAGCCUGUCAUCCCAGAGGCCACGCGUUUUAUUGAAGUGUCCACAAACAGCAUCACUCUGCACUUGAGCGCAUGGCUUGACGGUGGCUGCCCGAUGCUUUACUUUGUCGUUGAACACAAAAAGAGGCACCAACAAGAAUGGACGCAGGUCUCGAACAAUGUCAAACCUGGUGGCAACUUUGUGGUGCUCGACCUCGACCCUGCAAGCUGGUAUCACCUCAGGGUCACCGCCCACAAUAACGCAGGAUUUGCAGUUGCUGAGUUUGAGUUUGCAACUCUCACCAUUACCGGAGCCACUAUUGCUCCUCAGCCAGAGCUCAAACGCCGAUUGUUCCCUCUUGAAAUACCUGAAUGGCUCGACCUGAAUGUGGUUGUGCCUCUGGCCGCUACGGUUGUCGUCAUUUUGGUCGGUAUAAUUGUCAUCUGCGUGGCUGUCUCACGCAGGUCUCGGGGGCCUGAAAAUCUCAGACUCAGAGAUGACGUGGUUUACAACCAAGGUGCCGGCCCGAACUCGACCAUGCGCAAGCAGCAUCCUCAGGGUGGUUUCACAGACGAGCUGGGCUACAUUGCCCCGCCAAACAGGAAACUGCCUCCAGUGCCAGGCUCCAACUACAACACAUGCGAUCGUAUCAAGAGAGGCACAAUGAGGAACAGUAACGCGACUUGGGACCCUCGCAGACACAUGUAUGAGGAGCUGUCCAUGAACCCACACCAGGCCAGGAGAAUGAUGCCUGGCCAACAACCAGGCUCGGACGAGAAUGUCCACCAAAGAGGCAUGGAAGAUGAAAUUUGUCCAUACGCCACCUUCCACUUGCUGGGCUUCAGAGAAGAAAUGGACCCUAACAAGGCCAUGAACUUCCAGACGUUCCCCCACCAGAAUGGCCACGGGGGACACGCGCAUUCUAGGAAUAGCUCACAGUCUAUGCCUCGUGCCAAUGGUAGAUAUAGCAGGGUCAACGGACCCAACUCAGCCUUUUCGCCUGAGUAUGACGAUCCUGCCAACUGCGAGCCAGAGGAGGACCAGUAUGGUAGCCAAUACGGCCCUUAUGGUGCGCCAUAUGACCAUUAUGGUAGCCGCAACUCAGUCAGCCGGCGCAGUGUCGGCUCUGCUCGCAAUCUGCCAAUGAAUGGAAGCCCAGAGCCACCUCCGCCGCCUCCGCGCAACCACGACAACUCGUUCAACGACAGCAAGGACAGCAACGAGAUCUCCGAGGCUGAGUGUGAUCGCGAUCAGCUAGUGAACAGAAAUUACGGAGUUAAGGGAAACUCCAGGGAGGGAAUGUCGACUGAGGAGAUGCGAAAGCUCAUUGAGAGAAACGAAGCCGGAGGAUUCCAACAACAGCAACACAACGGAGGAAACCUCGGACUCAGCACAACCUACGAUACUGUGGCAGUGUAACCUGUAAUUGGAGGAAAAUCAACCCUUUCCCUCCCACUUUCACUCAUACACACACCACUAAGAAAUGAAAAGCAGAUGCCAAAAUAAUCAACACGUAUAAAAAGAAACGGGAAUACGAUCGCGGUUGAUUUUUCUACAAUCUGGACUGCCGCAGUGAAAGCGACGCGUACUCACUUGGCAGGCUCGGAACUGAAAAAAAAGAAAAUUUGUCCUCCUCUCAUAUAAUUGUGCCAUACAUUAAUCAGUCCGAAAAUUGGAGACCGUUCUGUUCGUGGCCGCAAGUGAGUAAGUGUUGCAAAAUCCUCUCUUUUUUAUGACCGAGUCAUUUAAGCUAAUUAAUUGUAAAAUGGAUAAUUAACUAACUAUAUUCACACGAAUCACACACACGCAAAAAACUAUUUGUAGAUGGUAGGAUGAUAAAGACGGGAGAAAACGCAGAGAGCGCAUCAUGAAGUAAGUGUUUUUUAUCGGAUUAUUAAUCGACGCGCGAGCGGAAACGGUGGGUGUUUUUUUGUAAGAAGACUUGCGGGCGAAUUUCGUGUUUGGUCAGGACAUGAGGGGUCGGGCAAACAGAACUGCGGUGAGGGGCAAACUUGCCUAAAGGCCGCUUCUGGCUGAAACGGAAUUUUGCGACUGUGCGGUCGCCGCGUACUUUGAUUGUGAUACUUUUUCGUUUAAGUGAUAAGUUGGAAAGUGAUGCGAAUUGAUCUUUCAGUGCUUUACUAGCCUCUUGAUUUAAUUAAUCUUUCCAUCUCUGGGUAGAAUUUAUAUUUUGUCUUUUUUCUUGCUGUUGAUCGAAAGCGGAAAAUUCCUUUUUAGCCAGAGGGGGAACGGCUCAGGCAUUAAAAUUAUACUCAUCAUAGACGUAAUAAUAACAAUAUGGAUGAUGUCGUCUUUGCUUCAAUGUAUUUUAAAUGUUAAGAGUAAAAAAAUCAUGUCCAACGAACUGGUUUCCAAAUCACAACUGCAGCCUCAUCUUAGCUGCAGCGGAAGGAACAAAUUAUUUUCAUCCCCGAUUCGUUCGAACGCGUGUCUCUGCAUUUUCCUGGAUAAUACACAUAGCUUCACUCGGUUUUGAUGAUAUAUAAGUAUUGCGUUUUUGCUUUAAUUCGUCGUCUUCUUCUUGAGAGCUCAAAUUUUAAAUAUAUAUUAUACAUGUGUAAUAUGUGAUAUUUUGUGGGUGUGAAAAAAUCGAUUGAUUGGUCUUUGAUACCUCACACAGCAAUUCUACUCACUCACACCUCACACGCCAUUAUACCAAAUGUUCCGUUUUUCUUUCGGUUCAAUCGUACAUUAAUCCUCUGAAAUUCGCCCGACCGAGAUUUGAAAUCGUCGUUCUGAUUUGAAAUCUCGUCCGCUAAACUUAUAUAUAAUUAUAUUCCGGAAUUCCCGAUAUUUGUAAGCAAAAUUGAGAGAGAAAAAAAAGAAAGCAAAGUUCAUUACUACAUAGAUUUAGUGUGUUGAUUGCUACGAAAAUACAUGUUCUCCAUUCAAGUUUUUAAGUGUAAGCUUCAAAAUGCUCCAAAUCCAAAUAUAUUGAACGCGAAAUUUGAUUUGAGGACAAAAUAACCGUGACUACUUUGUGUGAUUUUGCUACAAAGGGAAUCCUUGCCGAAAAAGGUAAAAAUACCAAAAAACCGCACCCUUCCCACAGGGAGCGAAAGAAAAUGUGUAUCGUUGUAGUGUAUGCAGCAAGGAUUCUCCACUUUACUGUAUUAAAUUUAAACUCUGCAUUUCUGUCAAGAGAAAAAGGAUAAUUAAAUUCCAUUGCUCUAGGAUGGAAAGUAAUUAUACUCUCCAAAUAACUUAGCUUAAAUUAACACUGCAUAAACUUAAUGAUAAGAGCAGAUUGAGUGAAAAAAAACGUGCUAAUCAUGUGUAGGUCUACGUUGAAUGCUGGAAUUAAAAACACGAAAGAUAUGACCAAUGAAAUUGUACUCGAUGCAUACCUAUGGAAUCAUACCAAGCAUUUAAAAUUACCACGUCUCGAAAACUCUGUGUCAUUUAAUGUGGGCCUGAUCGCAAAAAAGAAUAAUGUAUUAGGUGCUGAUACGAUUAAUUAAUUAGUUUGUCACUAUUGAAGCUUUUUGUAAAUAAUAAUUUUGAUUUUAAGUAAUAAUUAUUGGAGCAUUUGGUUAAUUGCUCGUUUCACGUGAAACAAACCGUCACCAGCUCUUAAGCGAUUAGGCGAAACAUACUGAUUCUUUUUUCAAAUGAGCAAUCAGCCAGCUUAAUUUGUUGAUAAUAUUUGUAUUUCUCUAUUUUACCAACACAAUUGACGUCGUUUUGUAUAUUUGUGUUUAGUCCUUAAAGUGAUUUUGUAUUAUUAAUAAUACUUUUUAGAUUUUGAGUUGAAGGCAAAAAGGCUUCAGAAAUUUUCGUCUCUACAACUGGAACACGUUUUUGUACAUGAUUUUUCAAACUACUUCUAUUGUUUAGGAUGUGUAAUUUAACGAUGUGUACCAAAGUUGUAGGUUGAUUAUGUCUCAUUGAAUAAAAAAUACAACUUAAUUAAA